AUGGCGAGCUGCUGGGUGCUGGUGCUGGCGCUGCUGGGGGGGGCCUGCGCCCUCCCGGCCCCCCUGGGCUACCCCCAGGCUCUGGCCCAGGCUGUGGACUCCUACAACCAACGGCCUGAGGUGCAGAAUGCCUUCCGGCUGCUCAGCGCCGACCCCGAGCCCGGCCCGAACGUCCAGCUCAGCUCCCUGCACAACCUCAACUUCACCAUCAUGGAGACGCGGUGCCAGGCGCGCUCGGGCGCCCAGCUGGACAGCUGCGAGUUCAAGGAGGACGGGCUCGUCAAGGACUGCGCUGCGCCCGUGGUGCUGCAAGGCGGCCGCGCCGCGUUCGAUGUCACCUGCGUGGACUCCAUGGCUGAC